CGGCACGACACGGCGCUCGAAGAAGUGAUGCUGCGAAAGUUGUUCCUCAUCGAUGAGCCUGCAGGCGAGAUAGAACGGGACCUGCUGAUGUGUGUCACCAAUAAGUCUGGGUGCCGUGACGAGUUGGCUCCCCAGACCUGCGAGGCCGUGAUGAUGGUCAAGGCAUUUGCCUACUCUUAGACGCUCAUGAAUUAACAUAGGCUAGAAGGGGGUACUGGGGGAUGGUGGACGGAAUAUUGCAAGCGUCUGUCCUUUCUUGCCUUCGUUCAUCCACCUCCCUUGGGUCGCGCUGGACAUGAGCGAUCUCGCAACGCAGGUGUUCCAGUUGCAAGCUGUCAAGUAUGUGCAGGUGGCGGCGAUGACCCUCCUCAUUCACGAUGCUGUUAUAUGCGUUGAGUCCGAGGUCCGCCUUAUCUGGUCCACGCCGUGGUCGGUACCCAAAGUACUAUACCUCAUCAGUCGAUAUUCGCCUUUUGUUGAUACUAUACUCGACAUAUAUGAUUAUCUCGCUCCCCAUCCCUCGCCACGGGUCUGCUACAUCACUUACAGUACAUCAAGUGUUCUCACAGCAGUUGGCGUCGCGAUAUCGGAACUCAUUCUCUUCGUGCGAACAUGGGCCCUAUAUGAUCGUAACAUGAAACUUCUUUACGCCUUUUCAGCACUCUGGAUCGCUGGGUUUGCUGUAGUAUGUUGGGCGGUAGGAACCUUCGUGAAAUCUAUCGUCUUCGAUCAUCGUGCUCCACCACUGGACCGCCUUUCGGGAUGCUAUAUGGCCGUCGUGGAUCCUACAGUAUUUCUAUGUUUUGUGACGUUGUUUGUCGUGGAAUUAAUACUGGUAUCGUUAACGGUGUGGAAGGGUGUUAAGCUUUUGCGGCAGAGCCAUUUAAGUCCACUCAUGAAGAGUUUCUAUCGGGAGAGCAUAUUCUUCUACCUCGCUAUAUUUCCUCUGACCCUCGGAAACGUCAUAAUCUUCCUCGCCGCUCCCUCCGACCUUCUCGACCUCCUCGACACCCUGAUGCGCGUAAUGCACUCCAUCCUCUGCUGCCGCAUCCUCCUGCACCUUCGUUCCGCAGGCCACACCCAUCGUCGACAGCUCGCCUGGCGGCGAUCCGGAUCAUCAAACAAUAAUGAGCAUCCUUUCAGUCCUUCCAGUUCCGGCUCCGAUUCACGCUCAGGGGUGAUAUCACAAGAUAUGGUCUAUGCAUCUAAUUUGGCGGGAGAUGAGGAUGGCGGCCAUAGUGGGCAGCGUGGAACAGUGAAGAAGGUACCUGUACGUUGGGAUAGGAAUCAGUCUGAUAGAGCGGGGGCGCAGAACACGGGGAUAUUUGGGAUCCUUCGUGGGCUUGGGCAUGCGAGGAUGGAUUCGGGAGGAAGUCAAGCGGGUAUGUUGGCCGGUGCUGAA